AUGACACCCAUACAUAUUUUUCUAUUCCACCUCCUCACCAUGGCACCCAUUGCAAACGCCGCACCCACGACACCCAGAUCGACUGCUGGAUGGUCCAAGGAAGCCAUGUUAACAUUAGUCGGUGUCUGUGUGGCAAUCUUUGGCAUCUUGGUCAGCCUAGUAGCCUCGCCUAAAGCAAGACGGUGGUUGUGCAGCCCGUGGACAUACUUUUCCAACGCCAGACGCACAACUGCGCAACGUCAGCACCAGGGUACAGGAUACCAGUUACAAGACUACGAAGAUUUCAUGGGAUUCCGCGAGUUCAUGAAGUUGCGCACGCAAACGGGAAGGCAUCGUUCGGAAUGAUGCUCAAGAUUCAAACGUCGGUUAGGCCCUCCUUAGUGUUCUACGGUCACAAGCGUAACGGCAUAUAUACCUUCUUCUCUUAUUCACUCGAGUUAUUACAAAAUUAUUGAAUAGUUACUUUUA